AUGCGUGUGCACACGGGCGAACGUCCCUAUGCGUGUGGCUAUCCUGGGUGCGGCAAGGAGUUCACACAAAGUGGUAGUUUGAAAGAACACAAACGCCUGCACACAGGCGAACGUCCCUAUGCGUGUGACUAUCCUGGAUGUGGUAUGGAGUUUCCUCGGAAAUAUUAUUUGGAUAGCCACAAACGCGUGCACACGGGCGAACGUCCCUAUGCGUGUGACUAUCCUGGGUGUGGCAAGGAGUUCACACAAAGUGGUUAUUUGGAUAGACACAAACGCGCACACGGGCGAACGUCCCUAUGCGUGUGAUUGUCCUGGGUGUGGCAAGGAGUACACCACAAAUGGUAGUUUGGAAAGACACAAACGCAUUCACGUUGGCAAACACGGUGUACUCAACUGAUUACACAUAAAGCGCUGCACAGGUGGGGCUAUGCAAUAAAUAUACGCUACUUUGUUUGUCGCCAUGACAACGUUGAUUCACAAGGUAUUUAUAUAUACGC